AUGGCAGUGCAUGGCCCAACACCCGUCCCCCGUCUGUCGGGAGACAUCGCGCACGGUGACGCCGACUGGCUACCACCGCCUGCCAUCGCCGCUCGUGCGUCCUCAUCCUCAUCCUCUCCCCACUCCUCACCACCACUCCCACUCACCAUCUCUCCAGGCGGGGCCUCCCCACAGCGCGUGAACCCUUAUCACUUUAUCCACCACCCAGACAGCGACGAGGUGUUGCCGCCGCUGCCGCCGCACCUCGCGCGUCUUGCCUCGGGAGAAGCAGCCACCGACGACGAGGGCUCGUCGGACACCUCGGACAGUGAAAUCGAUAGCGGCAGCGACGACGACGACGACGACUUUGGCAAUUUCCCGACACCCGUCGCAGCAAUGCGCUCGCGUUUGGGGUCACCGUCGACAGUCCAAGCUGAAGGGUCCGCCACCGCCGCCAAACAGGGAUCAGCAGAAGCUGCCGUUGCCGAUGCUGCUGCUGCUGCUGCUGCUGCUGCUACAACCCCGCCGGCACCGCAACGGAUCAUGCAAAAGGUCUCGAACGUGUUCCGCCGCGGCGACUCGGCAAAGGACAAGGCGUCGCUCAUGCUCGGUACCACACCGGAACGACAACGCUCGCCAAUGAUGCAGGGUCCUCCACCAAGCCCUCCUCUGUCGGACGCAAGUGACAACGAAGAUGCGGCUUCUAGCAUCGCUGUCACGGAAGAGACGGCCACAGAUGACGCUGCGCAUCGCCCCCGCGAUGUUCAGACCCCAGAACCACGACCAAGUAUGAGCUCACAACUGCUCAUGCCUGUAACAGAGGCGGGGGAAAGCACGCAUACCCUUGGCUUGGAAGAGCAGCCACCUUCGUUCGCCAUGAGCCUCACUAGCGAACCCGAACGUGCUCGGGCAUCGUCCCCCGCCGGCGAGGGGCGUGCCUCCAGCCGCGACCGCGAUUUUGAACGCCCACCACAGCCACCAUUCCUCGGUAUCAGUGCUCCUCGACGUGUUUCGUCCAGCUCGACCUCGUCCCGCGCAGGAUCUCUCUCCAUGGUCCGCUCAGGCAGGCUAGCACCACAACGUGACUACCCGGGCUCGCCUGAUACCCAGCGCACACUCGAGAUCCAAGACGACCCUCGGGGGCGGCUCAGCACUGAUGGAGCUAGCUUUGACAUGUCCCGCUUUCCCAUGCCCCUCCCCCCUCCCCUCGACAUGUCGUUCCAGAAUAACAAUUCGGCCAAUUCAUCCCCGGCUUCCACGGGCAGUGUGGCACCUCGUUUGACUCGGCGCAACACCAACCCAACGUCGCCCAUCCAGUCUCUGCCUACGGGUGGCAGCCGGCUCACGCACUCGGUCUCCAUCUCAGCCAACACACCAACCUCGGCAGGCUAUGACAACUUCAACCUCCCCGCCGACAUUCUGGCGCAGACGGAGAUCCUGCGGCGUGAACGCCUGGAGCGCCGCCAGAAGAAGAUGAGCUUGAUGGUCAGCACGUCCCCCUCCCAGGCGGAGCCUUCGGUGCCAGAGACCACCGUUCAGCGCAAGGUUACUGUCCGACGCAAGGAGACGGACGAGACCAAGGUUCUCGUCGGCAACCUUGUGGGCGAGGGCCACCGCAACUAUGUGCUCAUGUACAACAUGCUCACGGGUAUCCGUGUGGCAGUCUCGCGUUGCCAGGCCAAGAUCAAGCGUCCCAUCACCGACGAAGACUACCUUGCCCGCCACAAGUACUCGUUUGACAUGCUCGGUAACGAGUUGACGCCGUCGGCGCGCUACGACUUCAAGUUUAAAGACUAUGCGCCAUGGGUCUUCCGCGAGCUCCGUGACGAGCACUUCCACCUCGACCCGGCAGACUACCUUCUCUCUCUCACGGCAAAGUACAUUCUGUCCGAGCUGGGCUCGCCGGGCAAAUCAGGCUCGUUCUUCUACUACUCGCGCGACUACCGGUUCAUCAUCAAGACGAUCUCGCAUUCCGAGCACGCCUUCCUCCGAUCCAUCCUCAAGGACUACCACGAGCACGUGCGCUCCAACCCGCACACGCUUCUGUCGCGCUUCUAUGGUCUGCACCGUGUCAAGAUUCCUCGUGGCCGCAAGAUCCACUUUGUGAUCAUGAACAACCUCUUCCCUCCCCACCGCGACAUUCACGAGACCUACGACCUCAAGGGCUCGGCAUUUGGCCGCGAGUAUCCCGAGGACAAGGCUGCCAACAACCCGCGUGCAGUCCUCAAGGACAAGAACUGGGUCAACCGCGGCCGCACCCUCGAGCUCGGUCCCGAGAAGCGCGCGCUCCUCACCGAGCAGCUUCGCCGCGACAUGGAGUUCCUGAAGCGCGUCCACGUCAUGGACUAUUCUCUCUUGAUCGGUAUCCACAACAUGGAGCGCGGAAACCGUGACAACCUGCGUGCCAACACCCUUGCCGUCUUCCACCCCAACACUGAGCCUGUGCGCCGCAAGCCGUCGGCCGUCAAGUCGCACGGCGAGGCGCACAACGUCCGCAAGGCCGUGGUCCGCGCCGACCCAAAGCGUCUCGACACUGUCGCCCAGCUGCCCCAGGAUGGCUCGGACGACCGCCGCCACUUCCUCUUCUACCAGGACGAGGGCGGUCUGCGUGCCACCGACGAGCAAAACAACCCGCUCGACGCCAUCUACUACCUGGGUGUGAUUGACAUUUGCACACCGUACAACACAUCCAAGCGCAUCGAGCACGCAUGGAAGAGCAUGACGGAAAACGCCGUCACCAUUUCGUGUGUCGACCCCGUCACCUAUGGCCACCGCUUUAUCGAUUUCUUGAUGAGCGUCAUGCGCGGUGGCGACCCGAACAUUCGUCCUCCUGGACUCGAGACGCCGGCCAAGCUCACCGACCCGCACGCCCAGCCUGCGGUCGGCUGCGAACUGGACAAGAACCCCGUCCAGGGCCGCCCCUCGUUCCAGCAGUCGGUGUGCUGCAGCACCCGCCCGCUGUCCACCCCGCCGCUCAUUGUCGAAAUGACCGAAGUCAGCACCGAGCCCGUCACCACGACCACGACCCCUGUCCAGGGCAGGCAGCAGCAGCACUCCCUCCAGCCGGCCUUUGACGAGAAGAGCCAGUAUCAGCAGCACCCGCAGCAGCAGCAGCGCAUGGCCACCGACCCCGUCAUUGAAGAGCCCGAGGACGGCGACGACGUCCCGACUGCCAUGACCGAGGAGCAGGCGGCGGACGCGCACGACCUGGGCUGCGACGAGUGUGUAGACCACGAGCGCCCCGCCACCGUCGGCCACCUCAAGGCAGAGUAG